GUAGGAGGUGAAAUAAUAUUUGCUACAGAUGAUUGGUUUGCUGUCGCUGAAAAUUUACUGAAGCUGGCUCCUCCUGAGUGGCGUGAAGGAGUGUUCACAUUAUGUGGAAAGUGGAUGGAUGGAUGGGAAACAAGACGUAAAAGAAUCCCUGGCCAUGACUGGUGCAUAAUAAAACUAGGGAUACCUGGAGUAAUCCAUGGACUUGAUAUUGAUACCUCACACUUUACAGGCAACUAUCCUCCUAAAGCUUCUGUUCAAGCUGCUUGUCUUGAAAAUGAUUCAGUAAUAUUCCCACAGCGAAAAAGUAUGAUGGGAAGUGCAGCUUCUGCUGACUGGGUAAAAAAAAUAGCCCAAAUCACACAGGGGUGGACACAUAUUUUACCAAUGACAAAGCUACAACCAGGUUACCCUUCCAUGGCUCAUAAUUUUUUUAACAUUAACAACUCCCAAAGGUGGACUCAUCUUAGACUUAAUAUCUAUCCAGAUGGUGGAGUGGCUCGCCUUCGAGUGUAUGGAAUAGCAGUCAAGGAUUGGAAACAAUUAAACAACAAGAUGCCUGUUGACUUGGUAGCCAUGGAGAAUGGUGGAGUGGUUGUAGGUUGGAGUGACAUGCACUUUGGGCACCCUCGAAAUCUAAUUGCUCCUGGGUUAGCAGCUAACAUGGGUGAAGGCUGGGAGACUGCUCGCAGGCUGGAUCGUCCUAGUAUAAUUGAAGUAGGAAGAGAUGGAUGUCUAGAAGUACAAGGUUGUGAAUGGGCAGUUAUUCAGUUAGGACAUCAAGGAACUUUGAAAAAGAUUGAAAUUGACACCAAUCACUUUAAGGGCAAUUUUCCCCAUUCCUGUCUAAUAGAAGGAGUCUUGGUGCCAUACCUAAAGAGAUUAGAUGCUUCCACUGAUGACUGGUGUUUGCUAAAAUGGAGGACAAUUUUACCCACUUCUAAGUUGUCUCCACACAAGUGUCACUUCUUCUCCAAGCUUGAAGACUGUGGUGUGGUUUCCCAUGUACGGCUUACUAUUUAUCCAGACGGAGGUAUUAGUCGUCUGAGGUGUUGGGGUUUGCCUGGCCCUUCUAGCAAGUCAAGCUUGUGAUUCGUUCUUAUGUAAUAAACUUUGGUACUUAGAUACUGAAUCAGAUGACAGAUAAGGAAAAAAUCAAAUUCGUCAAUAAAAAAUUCUGUAAGAGUUCUUAUUGAUGGAGUUGUCAAGUAGUGAAAGCUCAUUCUAAAAUAUAUGGAGUAGAGGAAGACAUUUCCCUCGAUUCACAAAAAAACACUCAGAAUUUAAAAUUUUGAUAGUUGGUUUUGGUGUAAGAAUGUGAAUGAGCAGGUUAAAAUCUAUUUUCUAAUCUUUUCCCCUUUGCCCCUAUUUCCGAUAAAAUAGUUUUCCUAUCCGGAAAAUGAUUGCAAAACUUUUAAAGUAAAGAUUUAUUUCUCAAUGUU